ACGAAUGUGGAGCUUUAGAGAGCCGGCAUGGAAUAUGCAUAAACGUGUCCUAAUUUUCGACAUUAGACGUUGAUUCAGGGCAUCUUAAGCAGCUGGAGGCAACCCAGAAAAACAUUGUUUAUUUUUUUAUCGGACAUGAAGCUUUGAGCUAGAUAAUAAAACUUGGAUGGGAAACAUGGUAGUCGUAUUUAAUGUUUGUCAGUUGAUAUGUAUUGUUUUUCUUUUUCAAUUUAGACCUGUCUACACAAAGGACUUUAAAGCAUUAUGUUCAACAUGCAAUCAAAUAUCCAGCAAUUUUGACAAGGGGUUAGAAAAAACGGCAAAGGAAAAUUUUGGUGGUGGGAACACGGCAUGGGAAGAAAGAAAACUCUCUAAAUAUAAAUCAAGUGAGAUUCGGCUGAUGGAGAUACUGGAGGGCUUGUGUGACAGCAGCAGUUUUGAGUGCAACCACAUGGUGGAAGAACAUGAGGAACAUUUUGAGACCUGGUGGUUCAAGAGGAAAGCUAAACAUCCAGAUCUGUUUAAGUGGUUUUGUAUUGAGACCAUCAAAGUAUGCUGUCCUAAAGGCUCAUUUGGUCCUGACUGCAAUACUUGCGUUGGAGGAGGGGACAGACCGUGUCAUGGUAACGGCAAAUGUGACGGAGACGGAACACGGGCUGGAAAUGGGAAAUGCAGUUGUGAUGAGGGAUAUGAAGGAGAGUUUUGUCUGGACUGCAGCGAUGGAUAUUUUAGUGAACAGAGAAAUGAUACCUUCUCCCUGUGCAAAGCAUGCAAUACCAGAUGCUCCGGUUGCAAAGGACCUGGUGCUGAUAGCUGCCUCACCUGCGCUGAUGGCUAUAAGGAUGAGGAAGGCACCUGUACAGAUGUGAAUGAGUGUGACCAGUCAGAGACGGUGUGUGCUAAAGAACACCAGGAGUGCGUCAACACUGAAGGCAGCUUUAAGUGCCAGUGUGCCGCUGGUUUUCAAGAGCAGGAUGACGUUUGUGUCAAAUUGCUAGAACCAGAAGAGAAUCAUGAAGAGCCUGAAGCUUCUCAAAUUGUCGAAUCACCUGAAAAACACGAGGACCUCUGACAGUACCAACCUUUUGGGACCUCUGGUGUCUGCAGCAGUAGAUACUGUUAGUUAUAUGCGAAUAAUCAAGACUGAAUGGAAAUUGCAAUUCAUACUCCUUGAACUGCACUAUUUUAACUUGAGGAACAUGGACAGCAUGCCUUUGCAGGAGAAAGGCAUAGUCAACCACAAUUUAUCAUUGACCAAGAUACAAUUAAGAUACAUUUCUUUUCGGUUUUGUUUUUUUACUCAUGAUGAACUUGGAUGUUGUGAUUUUUGAAAGUUAAAUAAAG